AUGGCUAUGGAAUGUCUGGGGUCUGACUGCAAUGCGGUCAAGAAAGAGAUCGUGGUCAAUGGUGGUGAAUGUGAAAAAGAACAGCCCUGGCUCAGACCACCCCAGCGCCGCGGCCCCUUUAAGAGCGGGCGGGGCGCCCUCUGGCGGCUGAGCGGCGCGCCCGGCCGGAGCCAGAGCCGGAUCCCGGAGCUGGAGCGGGAGCGGAGUGAGCCGGGGAGGAGCGGGAAGGUAAAGGCGGGGGGCGGCGGGGGCGUGGGGGACGGGCCGCGGCCUGCCGGGAUCCACCGACCGACCAAAGGCCGCGCGCGGGCCGCCGAGCCGCGGAACCUGUUCCAGGGCCUGCAGCUGGAGCGCGAGGCAUGCCUGGCCUCCAACCACGCGCUAGCCAAGGAGAACCUGGCAUUGCGGCCCCGCCUGGAGAUGGGCCGGGCUGCCCUCGCCAUCAAGUACCAGGAGCUUCGAGAGGUGGCCGAGAGCUGUGCGGACAAGCUGCAGCGACUGGAGGAGAGCAUGCAUCGCUGGAGCCCCCACUGCGCACUGGGCUGGCUGCAGGCAGAGCUGGAAGAAGCUGAGCAGGAAGCUGAGGAGCAGAUGGAGCAGCUGCUGCUGGGGGAGCAGAGCCUGGAGGCCUUCCUGCCCGCCUUCCAGCGCGGCCGCGCCCUGGCCCACCUGCGGCGGACCCAGGCGGAGAAGCUGCAGGAGCUGCUGCGGCGCCGGGAGCGGUCUGCCCAGCCAGCCCCCACCGCUGCCGCGGACCCCCCCAGACCCUUCCCCUCCGCGGCCAUCCCGCCCACCGGGGCCGCCCGGGGGCCGCCGGCAGUGCCCCGGAGCCUGCCCCCCUUGGACUCCCGCCCCGUGCCCCCCCUGAAGGGCUCCCCCGGGUGCCCCCUGGGCCCGGCCCCUCUGCUGAGCCCUCGGCCCUCGCAGCCGGAGCCCCCCCACCGGUAG